AUGACCGAGACAUUCGCAUUCCAGGCUGAGAUUAAUCAGCUAAUGUCUCUCAUAAUUAAUACCUUCUAUUCCAACAAGGAAAUUUUCCUGCGUGAAUUGAUCAGCAACUCGUCCGAUGCGUGCGACAAGAUCCGCUACCAGAGCCUGACGAACCAGGCGGUGCUGGGUGACGAGUCCCACCUUCGUAUCCGCGUGAUCCCCGACAAGGCAAACAAGACGCUGACGGUGGAGGAUACCGGUAUUGGCAUGACGAAGGCGGAGCUUGUGAACAAUCUGGGCACGAUCGCGCGGUCCGGCACAAAGGCCUUCAUGGAGGCGCUGGAGGCCGGUGGUGACAUGAGCAUGAUUGGCCAGUUCGGUGUUGGUUUCUACUCGGCGUACCUUGUGGCUGACCGCGUGACGGUUGUGUCGAAGAACAACGACGACGAGGCGUACACGUGGGAAUCGUCUGCUGGCGGCACUUUCACCGUGACGCCGACGCCGGACUGUGACCUGAAGCGCGGCACCCGCAUUGUUUUGCACCUGAAGGAGGACCAGCAGGAGUACCUGGAGGAGCGCCGUCUGAAGGAUCUCAUCAAGAAGCACUCGGAGUUCAUCGGUUAUGACAUUGAGCUGAUGGUGGAGAAGGCGACGGAGAAGGAGGUGACCGACGAGGAUGAGGACGAGGCGGCUGCGGCGAAGAAUGAGGAGGGUGAGGAGCCGAAGGUGGAGGAGGUGAAGGACGACGCGGAGGAGGGGGAGAAGAAGAAGAAGACGAAGAAGGUCAAGGAGGUGACGCAGGAGUUUGUGGUGCAGAACAAGCACAAGCCUCUCUGGACGCGCGACCCGAAGGAUGUGACGAAGGAGGAGUACGCCGCCUUCUACAAGGCCAUCUCGAACGACUGGGAGGAGCCGCUGUCGA